AGCAAUCGCUACCACUACCACGACAGUCGCGACAAGCACCAGAUCAAUUACAACGACAUCUACAGCCCUUGCGACGACGUCAAAGAAGCAGCCAAGACAUUCGAUCGCAACUACAACUGCAACUGCAUCCACGACAGCAGCACCAACUACACGAUCAACAUCGGCGGCGGGGACGGCGGGGACGGGAAGAACGACAAGGACCAGGGCGAGGACAAGGACCAAGGCGGGAAAGAAAAGCGAAACACGAGGUUGCGCGACGCAUGUAGACAAUCGCCGCUGCACUGCUGUCUGUCAUCUUCAACCAUGCCGGUGGUUUAUCCCUUCGACCUUCGGUUUGCGCCAUCCGCAGCUCUUGCACCAGAUCGAACAUUGGAAUUGGAGGAUGGAAGCGUUCAAGUUCCGGGUCUUUGUCCAGGUUCCGCUGUCUGUGCCCACAUGCCAGCGGGCUGCUGCGUCGACUGCGCGGACAUGACAUCUCAGAAAAUGAUCCCCUCAGGCGCCUCAUCAUCUCGGACGGGACGCACGGACAAGGACGGCCCAAGGUCAAGCGCACGCAUAGCCCCUGGCUCACAUAGCCGCCUGCUGCUGCGGUUAUCUGGCAGGUUGAAAUGCCUCUUUCUCUUGGCUUUGCAGUUGCUCUGGGUACAAUCCGCUACGGCGGUUCUGAUCCCGUGGGUCAAUUGCCUGGACAAGUCCUACCAAAUGGACAAGCCGACACGUCUACAAUGGGUGCCUCUCUUUGUCGAUGCCUCGUUCGAUGAUCAGGACGACAGACACACGCUAAAGCUGACCAUGUGGGGGAAUGUGACGGGCGUGGCUUCUUCUGGAAACAUCACGCUUCCCCCGCCCGGCAGUCCGGACUGGAACGACACAUCCAAACAAGAUGGCAAGAUUGUCGGCGUGCCAGAACCGUUCUCGGCCAAUCCAAAGGUCACCACUCUUUUUACGAAUAUCAACGUUCUCACGUAUUCUGAGGCUACGGAACGCACCGACUUUUGCAACCAAUCUUUGAGGAACGCACACUGUCCUUUGGGUCCUGUCUGGGAGGUUAACAGCACGAAUCGGGAGCAUCUUCCCUAUGUGACCUACACCAAAGACUUCUAUUCAUCCUAUGCUUUCAGCUCCUUUGCCUCCAAGUUUUCCAUCGUUUACGGAGAUUCUGGAAACACCCAGAUUGGCUGUCUCACGGCUACCGUGACGCCUGACCUAGGAAAUCUGGGUUGGAUGCUCAAGUUCCUGCCCCUAAUAGUCCUGGUCUUCGUCGGAGUUGCCACCAUCUUCGCCGCCAUUUUUAGUCCGUGGGGCACCAGCGAUGUUUUCCACUGGACAUCCAACUACGGCCGUGACCCCGACCUGCUGCGUUUGGUUACGCCAGGGUUUGGAGAUUGCCUUCAGUACAUACAAUUCGUCGUGCUAACCGGCGGCCUAACCCUCAAUUAUCCGGGCUUUUACCAACCGAUCGUCAGCCAGGGCUCAUGGUCGGCACUAAUGUUUAAUCAGAGCUUUGUGAGCGACAGCCCUGGGUGGAUAAGCCUGCGAGAUGGCAUCUAUUUUACCGAGGGCAAGUACGGACUUGAACGACUUGCUCACUUGGUGGGAGUGGGGGAGGUCGAAGACAUCUGGGCCGGGAUGAUGGUGUGGCUAAUGGUCAUCAUCGGAGCCGUUUUUGUCCUUACCCAGGGAGCCUUCUUGGUCAAGUGGCUGUAUCGUUCCGUUAGGCAGGUUCCCGAGGAAGAUCUCCGACACAAGAACCUCCCAUUUACUCUGGGCAACGUGGUCAGACUUGUCUUGAACUACUUCCUGCUACCCAUCGUUGCUCUCUCGACCUUUCAACUGGUGGUAGCAACCCACUCGCCAGCUUACACAGUCGCACUGGCAGUUGUCACUUUGGUCCUCAUCAUUGGCUUUGCCGCAUGGCUGCUUCACCUUAUUGCUACCUCGAGGCCAAGGGCGUUUCUCUUCGAUGACCUCCCUACGGUGCUUCUUUAUGGGCCCCUUUACAACACUUACUCCGAUGAGGCGGCGGCCUUCGCACUUAUACCAGUUUUCCUGAGCUUUCUUCGAGGCAUUGCCAUCGGAGCUGUCCAGCCUGCUGGAGUAGCUCAGGUGGUCCUCCUCGCCAUCUGCGAGGUCAUUCAGAUACUGACCUUGCAUGCCUUUCGCCCUUUCCACUCUCCAACCUCGAUGAACGCCUACCACACCCUCUUCAGUGGGCUCCGUCUCGUCAGUAUACUCAUGAUGGUGGCCUUUGUACCGUCGCUAGAGGUUGAAGAAGGGCCAAAGGGCUGGGUCGGCUACGCAAUCCUUGUCGUCCAUGCCGGCGUUCUCGUUCUAGGAUUCUUCCUGAACGCAGUCCAAACCAUUGUCGAAGUUGUAGCGCGGCUGUUGGGGGCUGGUGGAGAUGAUGUUCGAGGGCAAUCGAGGGGUGGACUAUCCAAGAUCUUUGGCAUGCGACAGUUGUCACGCCGUAUGCCCAGGCGUGCGGGUGGCCCCAUCAGACACAGUCAACUCUCUAGCGCGGCGAUGCUCGACACGGACGAGACAUUCAAAACCGGUUAUGUUAUGAACGGAGGCCACAUACGGAGCGAGUCGGCAGGGAGCAUGGGGCUCAUGACGAAGCAUCGCCGUCAUAGCUCGUCUGGGCUUGAGGACGUCAGCCUCAACACGGCCGUUCGAAAUCUUGACCAUGGAUCGUUCACGCCGACCACACCUGGAGAGGCUAGUACGUUCUCGUUUGCGGCUUCUGCCCAACCUCAAGGACGAUCUCCUAGCGCAUUCGGCAUGCCGACUGUCGACCCCUACUUUAGACCACCUCGAAGGCGCACAACCAACGAAAGCGCGUACUCUCCCGAUGCCAAACCAGGUGGUUCGUGGACUAGCGCCGACUGGUCACAGAAACGCCUAAGCCAGUCAGGAGUACCGCUCAACGACACCGCGGAAUUUGAUCCUCAAAUGUCGAGAAGUGCCAACCCUGGUCCUUAUAUGAUCGCGUAUCCGCCAAGGACCGAUUACACCACUCGCGAAGUUGAUUACUAUUACGGUCUCAGAGGGGAAAGGCUCAACUCGGACGCGCCUAGCCGCAAGCUCGGAACCGGACCGGCCGACCCAACCGGGCCAAUGGCUUCGGCGGCUGGGUGGCUUCGGAACAUUCUCGGUAGAAGCAGCAAGGAAAAGGGCAAGGGCUUUGAAGUAGUGAGGAGUGCGCGUAUGCCACCAGCAAUGCGUACCGGAGCGGUCGACUACGAGGAUGAAUCGCCGCCCGAAGGAAUACCAGUGGCGAUGGGAGUUAUCCGUAAUGGGCCGAUUGAAUCCGACGAAGAGGAUAAUGUGCGACAGGCCAAUGCAGACCGGGACACAGCAGCUCGUACAGCAGCAGAAGCGGUGCCUCUUAGGGCAGCAGAGGGUACCAACGAUGAUGUGCGAGACGACACGGAAACAUACCACGACUCGGAAGGUUUGCCAACUGAGCCGGACCUCGCGACAGUUAGCCAGUCUAGUAGGGCUCAGACAGUUACCCGCCGCGGUAAUCGGACUUCGAACGAGGACAACGGCCCGUCUCCGCUUCUUUCGCCGCCGCGGAGAAGCUCCAAACGCAAUUCUUACCACCACACACGCAACGGCUCCGUUAGCAACACACCUCCCGCCCAGCCAGUUCUAGAAUCCGGUCCUCAACAACAAAACAGGCCCGCCUCGUCACUGGCGGUGUCUGCACGCCUUCCCUUCGAACGCACCAAUUCGCAAAAGAGACUGUCCAGCUCCUCGAUUGGUGUAAGCGAGGAUCUGAGUUCCGCUGACGCUUAUGGAGGAUCCAGAACGGGAUCAGGGUUGAAUGAAAGCUACGGAUUCGUGAACCAGGGGAACGUAAAUAGGGUCGAGCAGGGUCACGAGCCUGAUCUGUUAGGCAGUGUGGCGGAGGUUGGGAUAAUUGGCCGUGACAAUUCUCGGGGGAGCAGUCAAACGGGAAACACAUCAAGGUACUCAGGGCUAUGA